AUGGCGGAAGGUAAGAACAUAGCAUGGCCUGCUUCUCUGGAUCUCAUAUGACUGAUCUGUUCAUUGUAACAACUGUAUUAUAACCUGUAUCAUAAGCGUGUUAGUACUGUAUUAUAACUAUAUUAAAACACUAUAGCAUUAUUGUAUACGUGGUUGGUAUAUGUGUCAGUUGUUCUCUCUGUGUGCCUCCCAAAUGGCACCCUAUUCCCUGUAUAGUGCACUACUUUUGGCCAGAGCCUCACAGGGAAUAGGGUGCCAUUUGGGACACAGACUCUGACCACUCCCCAUUGGAAAGGGGACAUUGUGUGUGUGUGUGUGUCUGUGUGUGUAUUCAACAGAAUGUGUGAAUACAUUAGAAUAGAUAACCAAGGUCAACCAGCCACAGGUCACCUCCAUUGUGUCAUGCUUCUCUUGGCGUGCUAGUCCAUGUUCUCCUUGCUGUGUACAGUUGAAGUCGGAAGUUUACAUACACUUAGGUUGGAGUUAUUAAAACUCGUUUUUUUCAACCACUCCACAAAUUUCUUGUUAACAAACUAUAUUUUUGGCAAGUCGGUUAGGACAUCUACUUUGUGCAUGACACAAGUACAUUUUCCAACAAUUGUUUACAGACAGAUUAUUUCAAUUAUAAUUCACUGUAUCACAAUUCCAGUGGGUCAGAAGUUUACACUACACUAAAUUGACUGUGCCUUUAAACAGCUUGGACAAUUCCAGAAAAUGAUGUCAUGGCUUUAGAAGCUUCUGAUAGGCUAAUUGACAUCAUUUGAGUCAAUUGGAGGUGUACCUGUGGAUGUAUUUCAAGGCCUACCUUCAAACUCAGUGCCUCUUUGCUUGACAUCAUGGGAAAAUCAAAAUAAAUCAGCCAAGACCUCAGAAAAAAGAUUGUAGACCUCCACAAGUCUGGUUCAUCCUUGUGAGAAAUUUCCAAAUGCCUGAAGGUACCACGUUCAUCUGUACAAACAAUAGUACGCAAGUAUAAACACCAUGGGACCACGCAUCCAUCUUACCCCUCAGGAAGGAGACGCGUUCUGUCUCCUAGAGAUGAACGUACUUUGGUGCGAAAAGUACAAAUCAAUCACAGAACAACAGCAAAGGACCUUGCGAAGAUGCUGGAGGAAACAGGUACAAAAGUAUCUAUAUCCACAGUAAAACGAGUCCUAUUUCGACAUAACCUGAAAGGCCGCUGAGCAAGGAAGAAGCCAUCGCUCCAAAACCACCAUAAAAAAGCCAGACUACGGUUUGCAAAUGUCCUCUGGUCUGAUGAAACAAAAAUAGAACUGUUUGGCCAUAAUGACCAUCGUUAUGUUUGGAGGAAAAAGGGGGUCGCUUGCAAGCCGAAGAACACCAUCCCAACCGUGAAACAUGGGGGUGGCAGCAUCAUGCUGUAGGGGUGCUUUGCUGCAGGAGGGACUGGUGCACUUCACAAAAUAGAUGGCAUCAUAAGGAAGGAAAAGUAUGUGGAUAUAUUGAAGCAACAUUUCAAGACAUCAGUCAGGAAGUUAAAGCUUGGUCAUAAAUGGGUUUUCCAAAUGGACAAUGACCCCAAGUAUACUUCCAAAGUUGUGGCAAAAUGGCUUAAGGACAACAAAGUCAAGGUAUUGGAGUGGCCAUUACAAAGCCCUGACCUCAAUCCAAUAGAACAUUUGUGGGCAGAACUGAAAAUCGUGUGCGAGCAAGGAGGCCUACAAACCUGACUCAGUUACACCAGCUCUGUCAUGAGGAAUGGGCCAAAAUUUACCCAACUUAUUGUGGGAAGCUUGUGGAAGGCUACCCGAAACGUUUGACCCAAGUUAAACAAUUUUUUAAUUUUUCAGGCAAUGCUACCAAAAACUAAUUGAGUGUAUGUAAACUUCUGACCCACUGGGAAUGUGAUGAAAUAAAUAAAAGCUGAAAUAAAUCAUUUUCUCUAGUAUUAUUCAGACAUUUCACAUUCUUAAAAUAAAGUGGUGAUCUUAACUGACCUAUGACAGGGAAUUUUUACUAGGAUUAAAUGUCAGGAAUUGUGAAAAACUGAGUUUAAAUGUAUUUGGCUAAGGUGUAUGUAAACUUCCGACUUCAACUGUAUGUGUAUGUGUGUGUGUUUGUGUCAUGCUAUUUCAUGUUCUCCUCGCUGUGAGUCAGUUGCGUUCCUAGAUGGGAAGGAUGCUCACUUUCUCCUAUAUCUUUCUGUAGCGUUCCUAGAUGGGAAGGAUGCUCACUCUCUCCUAUAUCUCUCUGUAGCGUUCCUAGAUGGGAAGGAUGCUCACUCUCUCCUAUAUCUCCUGUAGCGUUCCUAGAUGGGAAGGAUGCUCACUCUCUCCUAUAUCUCUCUGUAGCGUUCCUAGAUGGGAAGGAUGCUCACUCUCUCCUAUAUCUCUCUGUAGCGUUCCUAGAUGGGAAGGAUGCUCACUCUCUCUUAUAUCUCUCUGUAGCGUUCCUAGAUGGGAAGGAUGCUCACUCUCUCCUAUAUCUCACUGUAGCGUUCCUAGAUGGGAAGGAUGCUCACUCUCUCCUAUUUCUCUCUGUAGCGUUCCUAGAUGGGAAGGAUGCUCACUCUCUCCUAUAUCUCUCUGUAGCGUUCCUAGAUGGGAAGGAUGCUCACUCUCUCCUAUAUCUCUCUGUAGCGUUCCUAGAUGGGAAGGAUGCUCACUCUCUCCUAUAUCUCUCUGUAGCGUUCCUAGAUGGGAAGGAUGCUCACUCUCUUCUCAAGCGCUUCCCCCGAGCCAACAGUUUCCUGGAAGAGUUCAGACAGGGUAACAUCGAACGGGAGUGUGUGGAGGAGAGCUGCAGCUUCGAGGAGGCCAAUGAAGUGUUUGAGAACAAAGAGCGAACAGUAAAUUAUAUCACACUCCUCUUUAGAUACACAGAUGUAUUGAUUACUGGUCUGAAUCAUUGAGUUUUGGUUAUUGAGUUCUGGUUAUACAUGUAUGGGCCCAUGUUAUAACACACGUCUCUCCUCUUCUCCUCUCCCCCUUCUCUCCUCUACUCUCCUCUCCUCACUUCUCUCCUCUUCUGUCCUCUCCUCUUCUGUCCUCUCUACUCCUCUCCUCUCCUCUUCUCCUCUCUUCUCCUCCCCUCUCCUCUCCUCUUCUCUUCUCCUCUCUUCUCCUCCCCUCUCCUCGCAGGUUGACGUUUAUUGUCAUGAAUCUUGCCCUGGAGGCAGAACUGAGUGAUUUCCGCUACAUUGCAAAGAAAAAAACACCCACAAAUCUAGUUGUUUCAAAUUAUUAUUAUUACGUAACUGUUUCCUCAGCCUUUCUUUAGUUUACUCAACUUUUUGGUCCAACUGUUACCUGAACAAAAAAAAAUUGUUUGCCCAAACUUAACUCCAAUCUGAGAACUUUGGCAAAACUUCAGUCAAUUUAAAAUUAUGUAUUAUUAUUUGGGCAUCUUAACUAAAAGAUGCUGUGCAACUGGUUACACACAGUGCUUUUCACAUUGAAGUUUGACACACAUGAUUACAUUUUGCAUGUUCAUUUAUGCUGUAAUUGUUAUUACUCACCUGGGACUUGAACUCACAACCCCUUCGUUCAUGGCAUGCCGAUCUUCCUGCUACGCCACCAUGUCUGUGUCAAUUAUCAGUUAAAUCGGACUAUUCCCUCAUAGAUUUUAUUUACUUAUUUAAGCAAUUUUAGUUUUUUCUGUAUAGUUGGUGGGGAAUAUUACUCUGUUUUAAUGUUACUCCUUAAUCACUAUGAUAAAUAAAAUAGUUUUUCUUGAGUGUACUUUUAACAAAUCAAAUGUUAUUUGUCACAUGCUUUGUAAACAACAGGUGUAGACUAACAGUGAAAUGCUUACUUACAGGCUCUUCCCAGCAAUGUAGAGAGAGACAUAAAAAAUAAAAUAAAAUAAUAAUAACACAAGGAAUAAAUACACAAUGAGUAACGAUAACUUGGCUAUGGGGUAUGAGGUCAUUGAGGUAGAUAUGUACAUAUCAUUUAGGUAGGGAUAAAGUGACUAGUCAAUGGGAUAGAUAAUAAACAGUAACAGCAGCGUAUGUGAUGAGUCAAAAGAGACUAGUGCAAAAAGGGUCAAUGUCGAUAUUCCGGGUAGUUAUUGGUUAACUAUUUUAACUAACAACCUAUUGGUUCACAGCAUUCCAAUCUUCCUGCUACGCCAUCAUGUCUGUGUCAAUAACUGAUUUCACCUCUAUAGCUCUAUUCGCACGGGGACUAGUAUUACUAUAGAACGUCAGUUAUGUAAUUAUUACCCCAGCAUGUCAGUUCUUCCAGUGGACGAUUCGUACGGGAUUAGUUUGACCAAACUGCCCCUGUAAUUCUUUUUUUUCCUCAUUCAAAAUUGAUGGAAGCCUGGAGGCUCUUCUAGGAGUGAAGAUAUUUCAAAAUGUCUAGGGAUAGCCUGAUAUUGGCCUAUUGGCCUUCAGUUCGGAGAAAGUAAAAUAAUAAUGCAUAUCAAUAAGAACCAUGACCUGUAACCUAUGCAGACAUUUAAUUACCUGACGUAUUUGGCAAUUUAUCAAUUCAUUGGCAUUUCAUCUUUUAAAAGAGCAUGUUCCCACGUUCUUACCCAAUCUGGGUGCAGAACUUGUUCAACUCUGUAAUAUCCCUCAAAACACAGGGAUGAUGACUCACACAGGCUAAGUAUUAUCAGAGGACCUGGGAGUUUGCCGAAAAACUGUAGGUUUUUCAGCAUGGCAGAUUCGGACGGGGCUAAAAUUACUGAUGUGGUGAUUUGUGCUUGUGCACAUAAUUACAUUACCCUAGCUCCCCAGUAAAACUUAUCCCGUCCGAGUAGGGCUUUAAGGCUAUACUUUGCACUUAAAAGUACAUCUCAGAGCUAAGGUAUACUUUUAAGUGCAAAGUGUAGCCAUACAGGUGAAAUCAGUUAUUGACACAGACAUGGUGGUGUAGCAGGAAGAUUGGAAUGCUGAAAACCAAGAGGUUGUGAGUUCAAAUCCCAGGUGUAGACAUUUUGAAUAUGAAUUACUGUAUAAAUGAACAUGUGCAAUGUAAUCAUGUACUGUAUGUGAACUGUGUGAGUUGAAAACAUUGUAUGUUAAAAGCACUGUGUGUUUGACUAGUUCCACAGCCUUUUUUUAGGUAAGAUGUCCCAAAAAUAGUUUCUAGUUGAAUGAAGAUAUGAGACACUUUGAGCAAACACAUCAUUUUAAGUUGACAGAAUAUUUGCCAAAGUUUUGUCAUGUUGGAGCUAAGUUUGGGCCAACCAUUUUUUAAAAGUUCAGGAAACAUUUUGACCCAAAAGUUGAGUAAACCAAAAAAUGUCUGUGGAACCACUUACUUAAUGAUAUUUAGUUGAAACAAUUAGUUUUUUUUUUUACAGUGUAGAUGGGCCAGCUGCAAAGUCAAAAUUGGCUAUAUUAUCGUAAAAAUCCAUGAAAACAGAAAUUCGCUUUUUGGUCUUAAUAAAUGCCAACCUGCCUCUCCUCUCCUCCAGAUGGAAUUCUGGAAGACUCGCAGUGUGUACACGGUGAGCAGCCACGAACAGAACAGGGACGGCCAUUCAGAGGGUCACCUCUACAUGGUGGUUCCCCUGCUGGGCGUGGCUCUCCUCCUCCUCAUCGCCCUCUUCCUCAUCUGGAGGUGCCAGCUGCAGAAGGCCACCCGCCGGCGGCCCGCCUACACCCAGAACCGCUACAUGAACAACCGCAACACCCGCAGCCUGCCACGCAUCCUGGUCCACCGGGACACGCCGUCCCACUCCGAGACCUCCUCCCACCCCAACCCACCCUUAUCCAGGCCCACCGUGGUGGUGAGUGGGGUGGAGAGAAUAGUAGGAGGAGGAAGUGGAGGAGGGUCGCUGGUUUACGCUGCAAGCGUUCCCCAAGAGCCCCAUUCCCAUCCACACCCCCCUCAGAACACUCGCUCCGCCCUGUAUGUCCAGGAUCCGUCUGUGUCAGUAGCGUCGCGUCUCUCCGGUGCCACACCUCCUCCUUCCUACGAGGAGGUGACAGGACAACUGGAGAGCAGCAGCGAAGAGGUGUCGGCGCCGUACAGCGACCCACCGCCCAAAUACGAGGAGAUCAUCAAGGAGAAGUAA